AUGUCAUCUGAAUACGAGCCACGUUUUACUGAACCGUUAAAAGCUUCUUACGUAAUACGUGAAGGACAGCCAGUAAAACUUUCAUGUCGUUUUGACGCAUCUCCUAACAGUAGUAUUCAAUGGCUUAAAGAUGGAGUCGAAAUUGAAUUCGAAUCACUUGGUAUUUCUCGAGAUUUUAAGGUUAUCAAAGAAGUUGAUUACACAGCUUUAUUAAUUAAAGAAGCAUUUCCAGAAGAUACAGGUUCUUAUAUAGUUGUAAUACGUAAUACAUUAGGAGAAGCACAUUCAUUUACACAAUUAACAGUAGAAGAAUUUUUUUGUCGAACACCGGAAUCAGAAAUGUCUGAUACACCAAUGAAGCCAAUAUUUGUUCAACCACUUCGGGAUACAUCAAUAAACGAAGGGCAACAAUUAAAAUUACAUGCUGCAAUCAAUGCUCAUCCCGAACCCGAAAUUAUUUGGUAUCGUAAUAAUAUUCCAUUAAAGAAUUCACGUGAUCUUACAGUAACAUAUGAUGGACAAUUAUGUACAUUAAUAAAAGAUCGAUGUGAGAAGGAGAAUGAUACAGGAAUAUAUCGAAUAACAGCUGUUAACUCAAUGGGACAAGCUGAAUGUAUUUGUCAAGUUAUUGUACAAUCAAAGGAUACACAAGGUUUUAGAGAACAUCUUCAAGCAAAUCGUACAUUGCCGAUUGUAAAUCAAUCAUUACAAACUAAAACAACAUAUGAAGAAAACAAUCGUCAUUUACAAUCAAAUAUUAUGGAACAAACAAAUGAUGCACAAGGAUUUCAUGAACAUCUUCAAUCAAAUCGCCCAUUACCUACUAUAAAUCAAUCAUUACAAGAAGAAAACAAUCGCCAUUUACAAUCAAAUUUUAUGGAACAAUCAAACGCAACACAAGGAUUUCAUGAACAACGUCAACCAAAUCAAUCAUCACAAAAUAAAAUAACAUAUGAGGAUAACAAUCGUCAUUUACAAUCAAAUUUUAUCGAGCAAUCAAAUGAUACACAAGGAUUUCGUGAACAACUUCAGUCCAAUCGUUCAUUACCUAAUAUAAAUCAAUCAUUACAAGAAGACAACAAUCGCCAUUUACAAUCAAAUUUUAUAGAACAAUCAAAUGAAACACAAGGAUUUCGUGGACAACUUCAGUCAAAUCGUUCAUUAACAAAUGUUAAUCAAUCAUUACAAGAAGACAACAAUCGUCAUUUACAAUCAAAUUUUAUGGAACAAUCAAAUGCAACACAAGGAUUUCACGAACAUCUUCAAGCAAAUCGUUCAUUGCCGAUUGUGAUUCAACCACCACAAACUAGAAUACCACAUGAAGAAAACAAUUAUCAUUUACAAUCAAGUGAUAUACAAGGAUUUCGUGAACACCUUCAAGCAAAUCGUUCGUUACCAAAUGUAAAUCAAUCAUUACUCAAUAGAAUAAUACAAGAAGAUAACAAUCGUCAUUUACAAUCAAAUAUUAAUGAACAAUCAAAAUCACAAGUUAUAUAUUAUAAAGAUAAUCAAUCAUUAAAUAAUGCAUAUGAACAUCAAAUUCGAACUGAAAGAAUGAACCAUACACUUGAAAUACCAAAAAUAUCAAGAAACAAUGCUAAUUUUUAUCAAAGAAAGGCAAGUAGUAGAAGUGGUGAAAGAAAACAUGCAGCGAUGCCACAUGUUUUACCUACAACUAUUGCUCCUCAAUCAAUGAUUGUUGCACCAACUGGUUUUCCACCAGAAUUUCUUCAAGUAUUUCAUGAUAAAAAAACUUCAUUAGGUUCAACAAUAAGAUUCGAAGCUCGACUUACUGGUACACCACCUUUAAAUGUUUACUGGUUAUUUCAAGGCAAACCAAUAUCAAAUCUAGGUACUAAUAAACAUUAUCAACAAAAUAACGAUAAUGAUACUUAUAUAUUAACCAUAAAUAAUAUCCGUUAUGAUGAUGUUGGAAAAUAUACAUUAAAUGCUGAAAAUUCUUGGGGAAAAACAACUUGUACUGCUGAACUUUUUGUUGUUCCUACUACUGUAAGAUUUGGCAUCGACAAAAACAAGAAUAUGUUGUCUAAUUUGCUUGUUGAAAUGUCACCAUCACCACCUGUACCACGUAAAAGACAAAUUGAAACAAAUCAACAAAAAUUAUCAUCUUUGAUUACAAGUUCAAUUGAUCAAGAAUCAACAUUUAUGUCUUCAAAUAUUACUAAUAAACGUCAUCGUCCAUUACAAAGUCAAUCAUUAACACGUUAUGAUGAUUAUCGUCGUUUACGACAAUAUCCAAAAACUUUAGAAAUUUUUAUACCAAUGGAUACAAAUGAUAAUAAUACUGAAAAGCAAAGUACAAUAAAACGAAGUUUUGAAUAUGAAGUUGAGAAAAAAAAACGUUCAUCUUCGGAAAAUCUUCGUCAACAACGACCUCAACAUGAUUUUGAAGUUGAACUUGAAUAUUUACGUUGUCUAGAUGAUCUAACAAAUGAAUAUGAAAAAUUAAAACGACAAAAAAAAUCCGUUGAUAAUCGAAAGAAAAAAACAACAACCUAUGAAACAACAGAACAAUUUGAAAGUAUUGAAAAAAUUUAUCAUAAUCAACCACAACAACAACCAAUUCAUCAAUAUUCUCAACAUGAUAAUAUUUAUCAACGAUCAGCAUCAGAAAAUAUACUUCAUAAACAUUCAAAACCAAUACUAACAACAACAGAUUUACCAUUGAGCGAUGAUGAAUUUUCAAGAUUAGAAUAUAAUCUUCUACGUAAAGAACGUUUAAAACCAAUACAUAUUCAUUCAUCAACAAAUUCAAUACCAGGUGAAACAAGUAUUAAAUAUGUUAGUACAGAACGUUUACCUGUUGAAGUUCUUGUACCUAAACCACAGAUAAGAACAACACAUGGAGAACAUUCAUCAACAACUCUAAAAGAUGUUCGACAAUCAACUCGUAAAAAAACAACAAAUAUACAUCAACAAAGACGACGAAAGACAAUUGAAGGUCAACAUGAAUUACGUAUUAUUGAACAACCAAUUAUAUCAGGACGAACACUUCCCGUCGAAUUUACAAUUCCAAAACCAAUUGAAACAUUACCUGUUGAACAUACAUCAACAUUUAUUGUUAAAUCAAAAAAAGGUGGUCGAUUUCAAACACUUGAUAUUAGUAAAACAUUAACACGUGAACGUCGACUUUCAGGUGAACAUGAACUUCGUGUUAUAUCAGAACCAAUACGAUCAAAUUUACAUAAUAAACCAGUUGAAUUAUUAUUUCCUAAACCAACAUUAACAUCACAAUCAAGUCAUCAUUCAUCAACCAUAGUCAAACAAAAUCGUACACCAAAAUCAAGUCUUAUUCUUGAUAAUAUACAAACAUUAUUAAAAGGCGAACAUGAAUUACGUUUAAUAGAUAAACCUAUUGAAUCAGGUCCAAGUAAUAGUGUAGAAUUAAUUGUACCUAAAAGUGUUACAGAAACAGUUGAACAUACAUCAACAAUUAUUACUGAAACACAACCACAACGACGUGUAUUAGAAAUAACAGGUAGUGGACGAAAAAUUGAAAAUGAAUAUGAAACAAAAUAUUUUCAUGAUACUGUUCGUGUUGAAGAAGAAAUUGAAGUUAAAUUACCUAAACAAAAAUAUGAACAAGUUGAUCAUUCAUCAACAAUAAUUAAACAUAGUCGUGGUAAAGGUCCUAUUAUUGAUAUUGAUACAACAUACAAAACAAUUCAAGGUGAACAUGAAUUAAAAAUUUUCGAAGAAUCAAUCGAAACAAAAGCUGAUACAAUGCAAUUACUCGUACCUAAACCUAAAAUAUCAUCUGAACAUCAUAGUACAACAGUUAUUAAAGGUCAACGUGGCAAACCACAAAUAUUAACAAUUGAUCGUAAACCAAUAAUUCCUGGUGACCAUGAAACAAAAUAUUACGAACAACCUGUUGAAUCUUAUAGUGAAAUGGAAGUUUUAUUUCCGAAAUCACAAUCGAGAUAUAAUCAACAAGUUGCGUAUGAUGAUCGUUUGAUGGAAACGCGAACAUCGGAAUUACAACGAAAAUAUCAUCAAACUUCAAAUGAUUAUAAUGAAAGAUAUAUGUUAACAACGAAUGAAUACGAAGAAGAAGAAGAUAUUGGAGGUGAACAUUCAACAACAUAUUUCAAACAAGCACGAGCAAAAUAUGAACCUGUUGAAUUAGUUGUUGAUCGACCAAAAAUCUUACCGAGUAUAUCAAAAUUAAUAGCUGAUAUUCAUGCGCCAACACAGAUUACAUCAAUAAAACCAACGAAAUAUACUUUAACCGAAGAUAGUUCGACUAAAAUCGAUAUGGAUGUAACAAAAGAUAGAUUUCAUGAACAAUAUGAUGAAAUGGAACUUGUUUUUGAAAGACCAUUAGUACGUGAUAGUUCAACAACAUUACUUGCUAAUAUUCAAUCAGGUUUAGAAUUAAAAUCAAUUCAACCAACAACACAACAAACAAUAAAAACAGAUAUUCAAAAAAGUAGUUCAACAUUAACAAUGCAACGUGGUGAACAACAAUCUGAUGAAGAAAUAUUAGAACUUCGUUUACGUAAACCAUAUAUUCAAGAUAGUUCAAGUAUUGUUUUAGCUAAUAUACAACCAGAAUUAGGUAUUCAAGGACAAUUAAAACAUACUCCAUAUAUACCUCAACCAAUUGAAGAAUCAAGUUCAGCUUUGCUUAUGGAAUUAAAUACUGAACAAUAUAGAACACCAUUUGAAUUGAUUAUUCCACGUUUAGAUGUUGAAUCAUCGUCAAGUACAGUUCUUGCACAAGUAUCACCAGCUCUAGCUGGUUUACGUGCUAAGAUUGAUGUACCACAAAUAGAAAAGUCAACUUCAACUGUUCUAUUCGAACAAACAACACGUUCGGAUAAAGAAAUUGAAUUAAUUAUGCCAAAACCAAAACAAAUUGAAACAAGUACAUCAACAAUGAUUGCUGAUGUACAAGCUAAACUUGAAACAAAAAAUAUUCGUCCAAGUGAAAUACAACCUGAACGAUCAACAUCAACUGUUUAUUUUGAUGAAACAAUACAACAUGUUCGACCACAACCUGUUGAAUUACGUAUGAAACAACCAAUCAUUGGUGAUAGUUCAACAACAGUUCUUGCAAAUGUUAAACCAACAAUUGAUACACAACAAAUUCAAAUAUUUGGAAAUCAAAAUCAAACAUUAGAAAAUAGUUCAUCGGCUAUUUUAUUCGAUACAAAAAAUGAACAAAUUCAACCAUCGGAAAUUGAACUUCGAAUACCUCGUCCACAUAUACAAGAGAGUACAUCCGUUAUGUUAGCUAAUAUUCGUCCAACACUUGAUACAUCACAUACACAUCUUGUUAUUCCAUCAUCCCUUCAAUCCCCUAUAAAAUCGAGUAGUGAAUUGAUUAUAGAACAAGAUAAUAUAGAUGAAACAACAGUAGAAUCAUAUUUACAUCGACAAACGAAUUCUAAUACAGUUUUAACUGAAUUAGAGGAUACACGUAUAGAAAACGAUGAAAUGUAUAUUUUAGGUACUAAUAAUCAAUUACAACAACAACAAUAUGGUUCAUCAAUGAUACAUGCUGAUUUAAAUAAACCACUUGAAUUAAUUUUUAAUGUUGAUGAAGGUAAUACAUCAGCAAUAUCUUCACAAUAUAAACGAGGUCAUAAUUCAAGAAUAUUAGCAAAUACAUCUGCUGGAACAACAUCUAAUCAAUAUCAACCAGUUGAAUUUCUUUUAUCAGGUGGUGGUGGUUUAUCUGGAUAUAAUACGACAGUUGAAGAAUAUACAACUGGUGGUAGUGGUACAGGUGGUUAUACAACAACUAAAACAACAACAAAGCGAACAAUAACAUCAGCAGAUGCUGGUGGAUAUAAUGAAGGAACGAAUAAAUCACUUGUUCGUGGUAUACGACCAUUUGAUCAAGUUGAUUUAAUUUUACAACCUGAUAGUUCAAUAUCAUCAUCAAAACUUUUAUCAACAAAUCUUAGUUCUGAACAAGGUGGUUAUUCACCCUAUUUUAAUGUUUCUUUACAUGAUCAAACAGUUCGAGAAGGUGAAUCAGUUCUUUUUGAAAUCAUUGUUUCUGCUCAACCAUCAGCUGAAAUUAUUUGGGAUAAAGAUGAUCAAUUAAUUGGUGAUGAUUCAGCAUUUCGUCUUGAUUAUUAUGGUGAUGGACGUGCAACACUCUAUAUUCCUGAAGCAUUUGCUGAUGAUCAAGGUUACUAUACAUGUACAGUAACAAAUUCUCAUGGUACAUGUCGUACAACAGCACGUCUUAAUGUUGAUUCAUCUGGUGAAGGACCGUCACCAAAACGUCGUCAACUGGAAAGUUCAUCAAAUGUCUAUUAUAGACAAGGACCAACACAAACAAUCGAAUCAUAUAGUGUCUAUUCAAAACCUUCAACAACAAUUACACAAGUUACAGAAGAAACACAAGUUUAUCGACUACCAGCUCAUCAACAGCAGCAACAACAACAACACCAGCAUAAUGAAAUAUCUUAUUCAGUUCAAGGAACACAACCAAAAUUUCAACCAAUUCAAUUUUUAGUUUCAGCUAAUCAAGACAAUAAUCAAGCAAUUACGACAACAACAAUUACAACUGAUGAAAAUGAUCAAUCACUAUUUACUAGUCCAUAUCAAAAUUAUAAUUCACAAUUACAAACUCUAUCGAAUCGAAAUAAUCUUUCCUCAUAUGGAGAUCAGACAAAUACAAUAACUACAACUACAUAUUCUCAACAACAACAACCACGUCACACUGGUCUUAUCGCAACUGUAGCUAAACAAGCAGGUCCAACUCCUUCUCAUUAUCAAUUGGCUACUACUCAAGAAUAUGAUAAUAUGCAAACAGAAUCAGAAAUAUCACCAAUUCAUUUCAAUCGUUCAAUACAACAAGAUUCUUCUACUUCUUAUAUUACUACACGACCUAAUUUUACAAAACCUUUAGAACCUGUUAAUGCAGUUGAAGGUGGAACUGUACAAAUAACAGUACAUUUAACUGCUGUUGGCCCACAACAUUCUCGACCAGAAAUUCAAUGGUAUCAUCAUGGUCAACCAAUUGUAUCAGACAAUCAACAUUAUCGUAUAACUGAAGGAUAUGAUACAGCAAUAUUAGAAAUAAUUAAUGUUAAGAAACAUGAUACUGGACCAGUAUGGUGUGUUGCUAAUACUCCUGCUGGAUCAGCAACUACUACAUGUGCUAUCACUGUUGAAGAAAAACCAGUUCGAACACAACGUCAUAUCAAAACAACCCAACAACAUAUCGUACCUCAGGAAUCAGUCUAUGAUACUCACUCAAUUCAUUCAACUCAUGCGCAAAUACCUCUUCAUUAUCAUCAACAGCAACAGCAAAUAGACCAAAGAGUACCAACUCAAUAUUAUAGUUCACAAACUAUUAGUCAACAACAAAUCUCACCUCAAUCAUUUACAUCACAAACUCCACUUUCUUAUCAACAACAACAACAAAUUUCACCACAAUCAACUACUUCACAAACGUAUAGUUCUGUUUCUUAUCAAACACCACAACAUCAAGCACCUUUUCAAUCAUAUACUCCACAACAAGCUUCUAUUCAAUCACAUCAAAUACCAUAUCAAACAGCGACACCUCAACUACAACAACCACAAACAGCAUCUCAACCAUUUAUACCUCAAGCUCCACCAUUAUUACCAAAUUUUAAUACUCGACAAAAUUAUUCUGAUCAACAAAUAAAAAUUCUCAAUAAUGGUUUACAAGAUCAACCAUUAUAUACAGGUAAUGAAACUGUAUUUGAAUUACAAUUUACUGGACAACCUGAAAAAAUUCAAUGGUUUCGUAAUGAAAUUGAAAUCGUUAAUAGUCCUCAACAAUCAAAUAAUAGAAUUUAUCAUGUAACUAAUCAAACAAAUGGAAUAAGUCGACUUAUUUUUAAACCUACAUUAGACGAAGAUGUUGGAACAUAUUCAGUUAAACUUUCAGGACCAAAUGAAGAAAUAACAAGUGCUAAACUUAUGCCAGCUGCACAAUUUCAAAAUUUACAAAAGAAAAAAGUUGAACAAACACAACGAAAAGCACUCGUUGAAGAACUUGCAGAAAAACAAUUAAAACGUAUGAAACCAUCAAAAAAUGUUGCACCACGUACUAGUUAUACAUCAUAUGGUACAAGUGAUGAUGAUGUUUUUUAUGAACCUACACAGCGUAUAGCUCCUCAACGUCAUCCAACAGCGCCAACACUUGGUCGUCCAUUAAAAGAUACAGAUGUAAAAGAAGGUCAACCUAUUCAAUUAACAUGUCAAGUUCAAGGUUUUCCAAAGGCAGAGCUUCUCUGGUUUAAAAACAAUAUCCCAUUGCCAUUAUCAGCACGUCACAAAACUUCUUAUGAUGUAGGUAGUGGUACGAUAACAUUACGUGUUAAUGAUUCACGACCAGAAGAUAGUGGUGUUUACACAGUGCUUGCAAAAAAUCCACAAGGUCAUGUUCAAACAAGUGCACAUGUUGAAGUUAAAGAAUCAUCUGGCAUUGAUGAAACAUCCUAUGUACAACCAGAUGCAUUUAAAUAUAUUGAAAAACAACCUGCUGCUGGUCCUCGUUCAACUAAACCACGUCGAGAAUCAGAUACAUCAAAUUUACAACAAAAACCAGCUAAAAUUAUUAAAACACCAAUCAGUACAUCAGUUGUUGAAGGUGAUACAGCACAAUUUACUUGUCAAGUUGAAGGAACUCCUAAACCAAAAAUCGCAUGGUUGAAAGAUAAUAAACCUUUAAUGUCUGGACCACGUUUUUCAACAUAUUUUGAUCAAGCAUCAAAAACAGCUGUUUUACGUGUUAAAGAUGUUUGUAAAGAUGAUCAAGGAUAUUAUACUUGUAUUGCUGAUAAUACAUUAAAUUCGGAUCGAAGUACAGCUACAUUACAAGUUAUACCUGAAUCAAAAAUCGAUCAACGAUCAUAUGUAGAAACGGAUGCAUUUAAAUAUUUAACACCAGAAAAUAAACAACGUGUAGCUAAUAAAAAACAGGAUCAACCAACAAGUGGUGUUGAUAGUGAAUCUUUUGUCAAUCCAGAUUCAUUUCGUUAUUUAGAAGGUAAAAAGCCAGAAAAAAAACCGGAUAAUAAUCGAACAAUUGAUGAUCGACCUAUUAUUGAUGCUGAUGCAUUUCGUUAUGUAGAAGCUCGACAAGCUCCUAAAACAAAACGAAAUGAUGAUGCUCGUGCCUCUAUUGAUGAUACACCAAUUGUUAAUCCAGAAGCAUUUCGAUAUUUAGAACGAAGAGCUGAUGCAGCUAAAUUAAAAAAAAAUCAAGAUACAGGCCCAUCCAUUGAUGAAACUCCACAAGUUAAUCUCAAUGCAUUUCAGUAUUUGGAACGAAGAGAUAUGCCAAAAAGACAACCUGAAGAAGGUCCAAGUAUUGAUGAAUCAUCCAUUGUUAAUCCAGAAGCAUUUAAAUAUUUAGAACGUAAACCAAUGAAACGAAGUGAAGAUGUUGGCCCAUCAAUUGAUGAAACACCCAUUGUUAAUCCGGAUGCAUUUCGUUAUUUAGAACGACAAAUAGCACCUAAACCACGUGAUACAGCACCAACAAUUGAUACAACAUCAUUAGUUAAUCCUGACGCAUUUCGAUAUUUGGAAAAACCAACAGCAAUGCCUCGAAUAGAUGAAAGUCCAGCAAUUGAUAAUCGACCUAUUGUACCACAAGAAGCUUUUCGUUGGCUUGAUCGUCCUAAACAACUUGAACGUAUACCAGAAGGACCAGCUGUUGAUGAAAGUUCAUAUGUUAAUCCGAAAGCAUUUCGUUAUAUUGAAGCUAAACCAAAAGAAAAAGCUGUUGAUACAGGACCAUCGAUUGAUGAAAGUUCUUAUGUUAAUCCAAAAGCAUUUAAAUAUUUAGAAGCUGCACAAUCAAAGAAACCUGUUGAUGUAGGACCAGCUAUUGAUACAUCAAAUUAUGUUAAUCCACAAUUAUUUGCACAAUUUGAACAAAAACCUGCUGCGCAACCAACUUACGAUGACCAGGAACUUAAACGAGCACCACGAGUUCUUCAACCAUUAAAAAGUGCACAAGCUAUUGAAGGAAAACCUGCUGUUUUAGUUGCUACAGUUGAUGGUUUUCCUGUACCACAGUUAACAUGGUUGAAAGAUGGUGCUGAAUUACCAGCAUCAAAUCGUGUAACAACAAAUUAUGAUAUUCCAUCUAAAACAGCAUGGAUACGUAUUGAUAAUGCUCGACCAGAUGAUAGUUCUGUUUAUACAUUAAUAGCACAUAAUCCAGCUGGUGAAGUACGAAGUGAUGCUCGUCUUAAUGUUUUACCAAGUAUGACACCUAUUGAUAAUACAGCAUUUGUACCAGCAGAAGCAUUUGAAAAAGUUGAACGAACAUCAGGAUCAAAACGACCACAUACACAUGCAACAACAGGUGUUGAUGAUACAUCAUUUGUUAAUCCUCAACUCUUUCAACAAUUUGAAUCACCUCUUAAAACACCACGUACAGACAAUUUUUCAAAUGAAUUUGUUGUUCAAGUACCAGUUCGUAUUUUAACACCAUUACGAUCUCUUCAAGCACCUGAAAGUGCUACCGUUGUAUUAGAUGCUAUUGUUGAAGGUAGUCCACAACCAACAUUUACAUGGUUAAAAGGUCAAACACCAUUAAGUGAAAGUAAUCGUUUUAUAACAAAUUAUGAUUUACCAAGUAAACGUGUAACAUUAACAAUAAAAGAUGUACGUGAAAAUGAUACAGGAGUAUAUACAUUAUUAGCAACAAAUGGUCCACAAAUGCAACAUUCAUCAGCAACAUUACAAGUUCUUGGUGCACCAUCAAUUGAUCAAUCUUCAUUUAUAGCAAUGGAUGUAUUUAAUAAAUUAGAACGUCCACAAAAUCAACAAGGACAAAUACCAGUACAGUCAGGUGUUGAUCAAUCAUCCUAUAUUUCUCAACCUGAUCGUUUUGCUGUAUUUGAUCAAAUUCAACCAAAUCGACGACCAUACAAUGAUUUUGGUGGUGUUGAUGAAACACCACUUGUUAGUAUGGAAAAAAUUAAUUUAUUAGAAAUUCCAUCAAAUGCAAAAAAACAACCAUAUGAUAUUGAAGAAAAAGCACAAGCACCAACCGUUAUUACACCACUUCAACCAAUUACUGCUCAAGAAGGUAGUCCAGCAGUUUUAACAGCAAAAAUUGAGGGUAGUCCAAUGCCUAAUUUUACUUGGUUUAAAGACAAUGCACCAUUAGUUGCUUCAUCUCGUUUUACAACGUAUUAUCAUAUUCCAUCGAAAUUAGUUGUUUUACAAAUUAAUGAUGCACGACCUGACGAUACAGGUGAAUAUACAGUUCGAGCCGAUAAUAAAUCGGGUGACGUUACCACAACUGCUAAAUUAAAUAUUACAAGUUUACCAUCCGUACGUGAUCAACCAUUUAUUUCAACAGAUAAAUUUCGUCUUCUUGAACAACCUAAUCAACCACGUUCAAUUGACGAUAUAAGUGGUGUUGAUGAACGACCACUUGUUGAUUUUACAAAAUUACAACAAUUAGAAAUUAAACCUGCUCGAUUAACUGAAGCAGAACAAGGAGAUGCGGAACAAUUUAAACCAACAGUUAUUAUUCCACUUCGUAAUAUUGAAGCAAUUGAGAAUCAACCUGUUGUUUUAUCUGCACAAAUUGAAGGCAAACCACAACCACAAUUUUCUUGGUUUAAAGAUGAUCAACCACUUGCUGAAGGUAAUCGUUUUGCUACACAAUAUGAUAUUCCAUCAAAAACAAUCUUUCUUACAAUUGCUGGUGCACGUGAAGAUGAUUCAGGUACAUAUCGUUUAGUUGCACAAAAUCCAUCUGGACAAGAAGAAACAUCAUGUGAUGUUAAAGUUGAUGUAAAUCAACCAAAUAUUGAUCAACGUUCAUUUGUACCACAAAAAGCAUUUGAUAAAUUAGAAAAACAAUUGCCAAGACCAAAUAAUGUAAUAAGUGGAGUUGAUCAAUCAAGUUUCUUUAAUCAAGAUUUAUUUCGUCCAUUUGAUGAACGACAUAUUAAACAUCCAUCAGCUAUUGUUGGUGGUGAAGAUAGUGAUGCAGCUAUGCCAAUAUCAGCACCAAGAGUUCUUACACCAUUACGUCCAUUAUCAACCCCAGAAGGUGAAGCUGUUCUAUUAACAGCACAAGUUGAAGGUUAUCCAUUACCACAAUUUACAUGGAUUCAUAAUAAUCAACCAAUAAUGGCAUCAAAUCGUGUAACAUCACAUUAUGAUAUGUUAACAAAACGUUGUUAUUUACAAAUAAUCGAUAGUCGACCAAGUGAUGCUGGUACAUAUGAAUUAAUUGCUGAAAAUCCAGCUGGUCAAGAUCGUACACGUACAGAAUUAACUAUUGUACCUGUUUCAAAAAUUGAUCAAACUGGUUAUGUACCUUAUGAUAAAUUCUCAACAUUAGAAUUUAAACCACGUAUACCAAAUGAACUUCGUUCAGGUGUUGAUGCAUCACCAUUUGUUAGUGGGGAAAUAUUUCGUUUAUUAGAAGCUAAACCAGUAAAUGAACAUUUUAUACCAGAAGAUGAACAAAAAGUAUCAAUUGACGUUCUUGUACCAUUGAAACCAGCAGUAGCACAAGAAGGACAACCAGUUAUGUUAACAACAAAAAUACGUGGACGACCAACACCACAAUUUACUUGGCUUCGUAAUAAUCAACCAAUAUUAGAAUCAAAUCGUGUACAAACCUAUUAUGAUUUUCCAUCAGAAACACUUGUAUUAGAAAUAAGUGAUAUUUGGCCACAUGAUGCAGGUAAUUAUACAGUCGUUGCUGAAAAUCCAAAAACAGGUGAACGAGUUGAAACAUCAGCACCAUUAACAGUACGUGGUGAUACAACAUCAAUUGAUAAUACAGCAUUUGUAGCACCGGAUGCAUUUCGAACAUUAGAAGCAUCAUCUCCUUUACGUGCAGUUAUGGGCGAAUCAGGUGUUGAUACAAACAGUUAUCUUAACCCAGAUAUUUUACGAACAUUAGAUCAAACUAAACAAAAACCAACCGACACACCAGAAAAGAAACAAGCAGUUUCAGCACCCAAAGUUAUUACACCUUUACAACCAGUCAAAUGUAAUGAAGGACAACCAAUUAAUUUUACAGCUAAAGUUGAAGGAAAUCCACAACCAACAUUUACAUGGUUUAAAAAUGAUCAACCAAUUCAAGAAUCAAAUCGAUUUUGGUCUCAUUAUGAUAUACCUAGUAAAACAGUUCUUUUACAAAUCACUGAUGCUCGACCAGAUGAUAAUGGUACAUAUGUUCUUUCGGCUGAGAAUCCACUUGGUCGUGAUCAAACUCAAUCAACAGUAAAUGUUACAUCUGGUCCAAGAGUAGAUACAAAUGCUUUUGUUGCACCUGAAAAAUUUGCUGCUUUUGAUCAACAAUAUGGUCCAAAUGUUCCAACACAAUCUGGUGUUGAUACAACUCCAUUUGUACAGCCAGAACGUUUUGCACAAUUAGAAGUUAAAGCACCAGCUCCAACAAGACAAGAAAUGCAACAACCUGAAGCACCAAAAGUUGUGACACCUUUACAACCUACAGAAGUUAAUGAAGGAUCACCUGCACUUUUACAAGCAACUAUUGUUGGAAAACCAACACCAAAUUUUGUCUGGAUGAAAGAUGGUGCACCAUUAGCUGCUUCAAAUCGUCUUCGUACUCGUUAUGAUAUUGGUACAAAACAAGUAUUAUUACAAAUCAAUGAUGCUCGUCCACAAGAUGCUGGUGAAUAUGUCGUUGUUGCAACCAAUCCAGCUGGUCAAGAAACCACAGCUACACCAUUGACUGUUGUACCUGAUAAACCAGGUGUUGAUGAGCGAGGUUUUGUUCCAUCAGACAAAUUUCGUAAUUUGGAACAGCCACAAGAUCAAACACGACGACCAUUAGCAAUUGUUCCCGGUGUUGAUAAUCAACCAUUUGUUUCACCAGAUAAAUUUCGUAAUUUGGAUCAUGUUACACCUACUACUAGACCAGAAGAAGGACAAGCACCCGAAGCGAAACGAGCACCACGUGUUCUUCAACCAUUAAAUAAUUGUGACUUAGAAGAACUUAUGCCUGUAAUACUUACAACUACAAUUGAUGCUGGUUCACCAAUGGCAGCAUUCACUUGGUAUAAGAAUGGUCAACCACUUGUUGAAGGUAAUCGAUAUACAACAAAAUAUGACAUUCUAACAAAAGCAUUAACAUUACAAAUUCUUGCUGCACGUCCUGAUGAUCAAGGAAAUUAUACAGUUCGUGCAACAAAUCCAACUGGUACGGAUGAAACAACAAGUCAACUAACAAUUCGACCGGUAUCAUCGAUUGAUAGUCGACCAUUUAUACAACCAGAUCGUUUUGCACCAUUAGAAGUUAAAGCACCAGCUCCAACAAGACAAGAUAUGCAACAACCGGAAGCACCAAAAGUUGUUACACCUUUACAACCUAUAGAAGUUAAAGAAGGAGCACCUGCUCUUCUACAAGCAACUGUUGUUGGAAAACCAACACCUAAUUUUGUUUGGAUGAAAGAUGGUGCACCAUUAACUGCAUCAGAUCGUCUUCGUACUCGUUAUGAUAUUGGUACAAAACAAGUAUUAUUACAAAUCAAUGAUGCUCGUCCACAAGAUGCUGGCGAAUAUGUAGUUGUCGCAACAAAUCCAGCUGGCCAAGAUUCUACAACUACACCAUUGACUGUUGUACCUGAUAAACCAGGUGUUGAUGAACGAGGUUUUGCUCCAUCAGAUAAAUUUCGUAACUUAGAACAACCGAAAACUCAAACACCACGACCAUUAGCAAUUGUCCCCGGUGUAGAUGUUGACUCAUUUAUUGCACCAAAAACACAAACAAAAGAAGGACAAGAUACAGAAGAAGAAGAACGAGCACCUCGUGUUAUGGUACCACUACGCGAUACUAGUGCAGAACAAACAAUGCCUGUAUUACUUACAGCUACAAUUGAUGCUGGUUCACCCAUGGCAACAUUCACUUGGUUAAAGAAUGGUCAACCACUUGUUGAAGGUGAUCGAUAUACUACCACAUACGAUCUCAAACCAAAGACAGUAACUUUGGAAAUACUUGAUGCGAAACCAACUGAUCAAGGAACUUAUACACUUCGUGCAGCAAAUCCAUUUGGUAAUGAUGAAACUACUGCUAAACUAGCUAUUCGACCAGCAUCGUCACCUGAUGCACUUCCUUCAGCAACACCAAAACCAGUCGAAGUCAAAGCACCAAUUCCUACAAAACAAGAAAUGCAACAGGUACAAGCACCAAAAGUUACAGUACCUUUGGAGAAUGUAGAAGCUACAAAAGGAUCACCAGUGCUUCUUCGAGCAACUAUUGUUGGAACACCAACACCAAAUUUUGUUUGGUUGAAAGAUGGUCAACCAUUGAUGACAUCUAAUCGUUUACGUCCUCGCUAUGAUGCACCUACUAAACAAGUUGUACUGCAAAUCACUGAUGUUCGUCCAGAAGAUGCUGGCCAAUAUGUUGUAGUAGCAAAGAAUCCAGCUGGUCAAGAUUCGACCGGUACUACGCUCACUAUUGCUGAUGAUCGACCAAAAGUACCGACUGAUAACAAUCGUAUAAAGAAUCAACCAGAAGGUGAAGCACCACGACCAUUGAAGGUUGUACCUGGUGUCGAACAUCAACCAACAACAACUGGUCCAACAGAAGAACAACGAGCCCCACGCGUUAUCACUCCACUGACUGAUAAUGUUGUAGAAGAAUCAAUGCCUGUUAUAUUUCGAACUACCAUUGAUAUUGGAUCACCAAUAGGAACGUUCACUUGGUUAAAAGAUGGUAAACCGUUGAUUGAAGGUGAUCGAUAUAUUACUACAUAUGACAUCAAACCAAAGAUAUUAACAUUGGAGAUACUUGAUGCAAAACCUACUGAUCAGGGCACUUACACAGUUCGUGCAGCAAAUCCGUUAGGUAAUGAUGAAACAACUGCUAAAUUAGCUGUACGACCAGCAUCAUCGACUGAUGCUCUCCCAUCAGCAACACCAAAACCAGUCGAAGUCAAAGCUCCAGUCCCAACAAAACAAGAGAUGCAGCAAGUACAAGCACCAAAAGUGAUUGUACCAUUGGAAAAUGUAGAAGCUACAAAAGGAUCACCAGUUCUUCUUCGAGCAACUAUUGCUGGAACUCCCACACCAAACGUAAGAUAUCUAUUUCAACGAAUAAUAUUUUAUUAG